AUGUUUGUCUCAUUCGUCCUCUCUUCUUCGUUCGUCGCUCACUCUUCAGCACUCGCCAUCAGCGGCGGUGUCGACUCUAUGGCCCUCGCCUUUCUUUGUUCCCAGCUCCGCCGCGUCGACCCCUGGUUCCGCAUCGCUGAUGCUCCUGUCGGUGGCUUUACCGCCCUUAUUGUCGACCACCGCCUGCGCGAUGGCAGUGCAGUCGAGGCCCAGGCUGUGGCCGAAGCUGUGCGCAAUCUCGGCCACCGCACUCAGGUCUGGGCCCUCACCAACUUUGGAGGAUCGUCGUCGUCAUCGUCCUCCUCCAUCGAAACUGCAGCCCGUCACUUUCGCUACCGCUGUCUCGGCGUCCGCAUGGCCCAAAGCCGGCUGGUCUCGCUGCUGCUGGCCCAUCACGCCGACGACCAGUACGAGACCGUGCUGUUGCGGCUGCUGACCGGCUACGGGCUGCAUGGUGGCAUUCGCGGCCUGCGUGGCAUGCGGCCGGCCGUCGACAUCCCCGAAUGCCGCGGACUCUAUGGCGCCCAUCAGAGCGGUCUCGGCGAAGACCGGCGCCACCCUCAGCCGUACCUGAUGCAUGCGCCGUCACGUCGUGAGCGGCGCCGCAUCAAGUCGGCCAUGCGCGAGGACAUGGCUGGCGAGGGCAGUCGACGUCUUGGGGUUCUUGGCUUGGAGGGUGUGGACCUGGAUCUGGAUCUCGAUCUGGAUCUCGAACUCGACCCCGACGACCACUACCUCCAAAACUAUAACCCCCCCCACAUCCUUCCCCUCGACACUGAGGACCUCGGCAUCGUCGCCUAUCGUCCCUUGCUCGCCUUUCCCAAGGCCCGCCUCAUCGCCACUUGCGAGGCCCACAAUGUCCCCUGGUUCGAGGACCCAACCAAUGCUGAUCCCGGCCUCACUCUUCGCAACGCCGUCCGCCACAUCGCCCGCCACCACCGUCUGCCGGCCGCCCUGCAGCCGCCAUCGGUCCUGCGCCUCGCCGAACGCUGUCAUGCUACCGCCGUCGCCCAAGAAGCCGAGGCUUCCCGGCUGCUCGUCCGCGCCCGUGUCGUCGUCCGCUUCUCUACCAACGCCGGCACCGCUCUCGUCCGCCUGCCGCGCCUUGUUGCUUUUCCACGCCGCCGCCCCGUCAUCGGUCCUGCUGCUUCGGCCGUCUACGCUGCCGCCUCGCGCACCCGUCGCCACGCUCACCUCCGCACCAUCGCUGCUCUCAUCGUCCAGCGGCUCCUCGCGCUCGUCUCGCCCGAACCAAACCCCUCGCCCAUCUCCCAGCUGCAGACCGUGGUUGAUGUCCUCUUUCCCGCUCUGGCAGACCGGUCGCAGAGCCGCUCAGCUCAUCCAAAGCCUUUCACCAUCUGUGGCGUGCACUUUGUCCCGGCUGUGUCCACCUCCUCCGCCGCCACUCAGCCCUGGGUCCUCGCCCGUGCCCCCUACCCGGCCACCCCCAGCGCUCAGCCGUCGAUCAGGUUUCCGGCGUUGGCGCUGCCCCGCCGCUGGGACAUGUCCGCUGCUGUCGCUUGGCCCUGGCCGGCUUGGGGCCGCUGGCACCUCUACGACGGCCGCUUCUGGAUUCGCCUGCGCAGCCGCCUGCCCGUCUCGGUCGAGCUGCGCCCCUUUGCAGCCGACCAUGCCAAGCCGCUGCGUGACAGCCUCGGCAGCCCAGCCGCCCAGGCUGCCCUCCAGGCUGCCCUCAAGACCCAUGCGCCCGGCAAGGCUCGCUACACCCUGCCGGCCCUGUACGCCACCGGCGACGUGUCCUGGGCCCUUGCCGGGCGCGAGUAUUGGCCAGUGGACACUGACGGAGACGAAGCUAAGACUUCCAGCUCACUCCGACACCCUGAAACCGAGGGCUCCCACCUCGACACCCACCGGUGGCGUCGCUUCACGUGGGAGCGACAGCAACACCAGGACGACCGCAGGCUACGGCUCGUCGCCCUGCCCACGAUCGGCGUCCAUGUGCCGCGAAUUGAGCACUGGCUCCAGUGGGAGACGCGCUACCGCAAGGUCGACACAGAGCUGCUCGAGCGGGCCGGCGUCGAGCCGUGGGCGUGGCCGUAG